AUGUUAUCUAAUGAUGUCUAUAUCUUACCUCCUGAUUUAACCAAUUGUCAAUAUAAUCCUCACGGGUCAGAUAAUUCCUGGAAACAAGAUCAUCAUUAUGUAGGACAAUUAUUAGAUGUACCGAUUAAUGAUGAUCUUACCAUCCAUGAGUUUUACCUUGAGAAUAAUAUUCCAGCAGAUCAACCUGUUGAAGAAACUCAUAUAGUGAUGAUUCAUGGAUAUAUGGCUGCAGUAGGUUAUUUCAUUAAAAAUAUUGAAACUUUAUUAAGAUCGAAACCAGGAGUAAGACUCCAUCUUAUUGAUUUACCAGGAUUUGGAAACUCUUCUCGUCCACAAUUCCCAUCGGAGUAUCUCUUAGAACCUCUGACUAAAGCUGAAAAAAUUAGUCAAGUUUUAGAAGUUGAAGAUUGGUUUAUUGAUAAAAUAGAGAAUUGGAGGUCAGUCCGUAACAUUUCAAAGUUUAAAUUAAUCGGUCAUUCAAUGGGAGCUUAUUUAUCAAGUUGUUAUCUUUUGAAAUAUAACCAUGGUACUGAACAAUUUGUGGAUCAAUUUAUUAUUGUUAGUCCUAUGGGUACAGAAUCAAGUCCUAAUAGUUUAAUAAGUAAUAAAAAAUAUGAAUUCUCCACUCAUAAUGUCGGAGGUAAUCCAUUUAAAGAAUUAGAUGUAUUUGAAGAUGAUGAUUAUAUAAAUAAACUCUGGACUGAAAUGGGUCAACCAAAAAUUCCCAAGAGUGUGUUUCUUGAAACAUUAUGGAAAUAUAAAAAAUCUCCAUUUCAAGUAUUACAAUAUUUCGGACCAUUUUACUCCAAGAUUUUAUCAUAUUGGUCAUUCAGAAGAUUUAGAAAUUUAAAAAAACCACCUAUUGAUCGGGCAUUGAUUUUAAAACUUCAUAAUUAUUCUUAUUCAAUCUUUAAUCAAUAUACUGGAUCAGGAGAAUUAGCCAUUACAAAAUUAAUCAGUCAUGAAAUAUUAGCAAAAUUACCAUUAGGUGAAAGAGGUUUCAUUGAAUAUUUGGUUAAGAAUCAAGUUAAGACUUUAUGGAUUUAUGGUGAUAAAGAUUGGAUGAAUGAAAAUGGAGGGUUAUACAUCAAUGAUAAAGUAAAUGAAUCAAUUUCAAAACUUUCUACUCAUAAAAUAAUUAAAGAUGCUGGACAUCAUAUUUAUUUGGAUAAUCCUGUUGAUUUUAAUAAAACUGCGAUUGAAUUUUUUAAUUUAUCAAAUUAG